AUGGCAACAAUUUUCAAGAACGGACGUUUCUUCGUGCCCUCCACCUCAAACAAUGGCAAAGACAUUGCCGAAAGCAUGAUCAUUGAGGAUGGCAAAAUCUCAUAUGUCGGCCCUCUAGAUGAAACAGCCACUUCAAAAGAUGCCACGCUCAUUGAUCUACAGCAAAAAGCUGUGAUUCCAGGUUUCAUCGAUGCGCAUGUACACAUCCUACAAUAUGGCCAAUCUCUCCGCAAAGCCAAUCUCAUUGAAUGCACAUCGCUGGAACAGAUCCGUGAAGCAAUCAAAUCCUACGCCAAGGCUUGUCCGUCUAUCCCUCGGAUCUUAUGCCGAGGCUGGAUUCAAUCCUCCACGAAUGGAAUCGCCCUAGCCAGUAUGCUUGAUGACAUCGAUCCACGGCCAAUCUUCGUCGACUCCUUCGACCUACACUCGAUGUGGUGCAGCUCAGCAGCCCUCGACGAACUAAAUGCCCACACAGCCCCAGAUCUCCCAGGAGGAAGGAUCCACCGAGAUGAGAAUGGCAGAGCAUCGGGCCUCCUUGAUGAAUCAGCCCUGAUGAACCUCGCCUGGCCCCAUCUAGAAGGCGUCACCUCCACAGCAGACAAACUAGACGCCCUAGACACAGCCGUCAAGGCAUACACUGCAGCCGGGUAUACCGGCCUGGUAGAUAUGGCCAUGGAUGAAGUAACCUGGGAAAUCAUCAACCUCUACCGAAAAGACCACACAAUCCCCUUCCACAUCGGCGCCCACUGGCUCGUCCCAUUCGCCGCAGACCAAAAUGUCAACUUCACAUACGUCGACCGAGCAAUCGAACUCCACAAAAAAUACAACAGCCCGGACUUCUGCAUCCUCGGUAUAAAACUAAUCUGCGACGGCGUCGUCGACGGCUGCACGGCCGCCCUCAUGCAACCAUACACAGGCAAAACAGACCGGGCGGAUCCAAUCUGGCCAGAAGACAUGCUCCAAGAAGUCGUGGAACGUGCCGAAAAAGCCGGAAUCCAAUGCGCCAUCCAUGCAAUUGGCGAUAGGACGGUCCACCAAGCGAUCAACGUCCUCUCCCGAGUCGGCAGUCCGGGCGCAAGACACAGAAUCGAGCAUUUGGAACUGACAACGUCGGGAGAUGCCAAGCGUCUCGGCCAACUCGGUAUCACAGCCUCAAUCCAGCCUGUCCAUUCCGAUCCGAUGCUUUUCAAAGCUUGGCCUGGUCUUAUAGGUCCGGACCGUUGUCAGCGUGCGUUUGCGUACAAGGAGUUUUUGGAUGGUGGAGCUCCGAUUGCUAUUGGCACUGAUGCGCCGACUGCGCCUCAUAUGCCUUUUCCUAAUUUAUAUAAUGCUACUACUAGACGCUCUGCAUUGGAGGUUGAGAGCGAGAAUACUGUUAAUCCGCAUUUUGGGCUUGGGCUUGCUGAGGCUGCUACGGCUGCUACCAAAGGUGCAGCUUAUGCCCGCUUUGCUGAGUCCUGGACUGGAUGUUUGAAGAAGGGUCUCAAUGCGGACUUUUUGGUUGUUGAUAUGGAGUGGAAGCCGGAGUCGUUGCUUGAGUCUAGGGUUUGCCAGACUUGGUAUCGGGGCAUGAAGGUCUUUGAUUCGCAGAGUUGA